CUUGUUCCCCUUUGUGGUCUAUAGGAUUUAUUUACCGCGUCAAAACUCAGUCACACAGUCUCCCUCUAUAUAAACACAAUCAUCUGCUUCACCCUUUUUACGCCCAAUCAAUCUCGAUCACACACACACAGGAAACCUAAACAAACAACAAACAAAAACAGAAGGAAGAAAUGGCAGGAGAAUCAUACGAUGAAGCAAUCGCAUCGCUGACCAAGCUUCUCAGCGAGAAAGCUGACCUCGGGGCGGUCGCCGCCGCAAAGAUCAAGGACCUCACGGCGGAGUUAGAAGACGCCGGUUCGAAGCCGUUCAACCCGGAUGAGAGGAUCCGAACCGGGUUCGUCCAAUUCAAGAGCGAGAAAUUUGAGAAGAAUCCAGAUCUGUACGGUGAACUUGCCAAAGGCCAGAGCCCAAAGUUUUUGGUAUUUGCAUGUUCAGACUCAAGAGUUUGCCCAUCCCAUAUUCUGAAUUUUCAACCGGGUGAAGCCUUCAUGGUCCGCAACAUCGCCAACAUGGUUCCACCAUUUGACAAGACAAAGUAUUCGGGAGCAGGGGCGGCCAUUGAAUAUGCAGUACUGCAUUUAAAGGUGGAGAAUAUUGUAGUUAUUGGACAUAGCUGCUGUGGAGGAAUAAAGGGGCUCAUGUCUAUCCCAGACGAUGGGACCCCUGCAAGUGACUUCAUAGAGCAAUGGGUCCAAAUAUGCAACCCAGCAAAGUCCAAGGUUAAAACGGAUACAGGCAGCUUAAGUUUCUCAGAACAGUGUACUAACUGUGAGAAGGAAGCUGUGAAUGUCUCACUAGGAAACCUAUUGACUUAUCCAUUUGUGAAAGAAAGAGUUCUAGACAAAACGCUUGCAUUGAAAGGAGCACAUUACAAUUUUGUUACUGGCAAUUUUGAGCUGUGGGAUCUGAACUUCAAAGUUCAGCCUUCUAUAUCCGUUUAAGAUCUCUCUCCAGCCCCAAGUAAACGUACAUACAUGAUGAUGUACAUCGCUUUGCAAAGUAUGUUGUCAGUACACUGAGAAAGAAUGAAGCAGGCAUUCAGCAAAAAUAAGGCCUGCAGUGAGCAAGCAGCAAUAACUUAAUUAGUUUUGUUUUGGAUCAUUCUCAUUUCUAUGUUGUGUACACAGUGUUGUUAAUUUAUCUUACUUUCAUUUUCAUUUUGCUGAUAUAUUAAUGAUAUGAUCCCAAGUUAGCACA